AAGUUUACAAAGAAAGCGGAAGCAGAAGCGCUCCUGCCCAGGAAGUCGCCGUUUCCACCAAUGGUUGCGCGUAACGCAAGUUUAGCGGGGAAUUCAGUCCUUCUGCUCGGACGAUCUCUUCGCGGGAAAUAGUACCCCAGCUUCGGCACAGAAAGCGCACCGGCAGAAGCUUGACAUCGAGGAAAACGUUACGUUUUUAUACAAAAGCCUUUGGAUCGAGUUGUGCUGCAGUGCAGGGAUGCUUUUCCGCUCAGUGGUGGACAGAGGAGUGGGCAGACGGAGGCAGAAUGCUCUCCCUGCAGAUCCCUGGUCCAGGUACCCUCUGAGUUCCCUGCUUGAAGGCUACCGAUGCGUCCGACAUGAUGAACAUAUCUCCUAUGGGAACCUUGGCGACUCUGUGCCACCGUUUGGAUUAGCUUUCUCCUCUGCCAGGGACCUGCAGAACAUCCUCGCAGCAGCUAAUGAAGAAGGCAUUGUUAGGCUCUACAACACAGAGAGCCGUGAAUAUCCACUUCUUAAAGCAUGGCUGGCUCAUGAGAAUGCUGUCUUUGAUAUCGCCUGGAUGCCAGGGGAGCCUCAGUUAGUAACUGCUGCGGGUGACCAGAUGGCCAGGCUCUGGGAUGUGAAGUCUGGAGAGUUGUUAGGCAGCUUCAAGGGCCACGUCUGCAGUCUUAAGUCUGUUGCAUUCGCACCAGAGGAGAAAGCCGUGUUUUCUACUGGAGCCAGAGAUGGAAAUAUUAUGAUCUGGGACAUGAGGUGCAGCAAAAAAGAUGGUUUCUACAGACAGGUGAACCAGAUCAGCGGAGCUCACAACAAAGCAGAGACCAACCCUCCCUCUAAAACGAAGAAGAGACGGGGCGGCAUGCGCGGCAUGGCUCCGAGCGUGGACUCCCAGCAGAGCGUUACAGUGGUUUUGUUCAGGGAUCAGCACACCCUCAUCUCUUCGGGAGCUGUUGACGGAGUAAUCAAGAUGUGGGAUUUGAGGAAGAACUACACUGCACACCGUCAUGAUCCUGUACCCCUGCAGACAUUUCCGUAUCCAGGUUCUUGCACGCGGACGCGGCUGGGAUAUUCCGGACUCGCUCUGGACUCCGCGAGAGCCAACGUGAUGUGUAACUGCACAGACGACAGCAUCUAUAUGUUCAGUGUCUGCGGAAUAAAAACGACACCAGUGGCAGUUUUCAGCGGUCACCAGAACUCCUCGUUUUAUGUAAAGUCCAGCGUUAGCCCAGAUGACCAGUUUUUGGCCAGCGGUUCGAGUGACAACCACACGUACAUUUGGAAGAUCUCCAAUCCUGAACUUCCUCCCAUGACGCUUCAAGGUCAUAGUGAGGAAGUGACGUCUGUUGCAUGGUGUCCGACAGAUUUCACUAAGAUUGCUUCCUGUUCCGAUGACCACACCGUGCGCAUCUGGCGACUUCACCGAGAAAAUGAUGAAGUGCAGUCCUCAUUAGGAGAGGCUAACCUAGUAGGCCAUGCACGUCCUAAGAUUCUCCCAAGGCCUUCCAUUCCAGCUGAGACAACCCCUGCCAAGCCCCAGAGGAGAGUGAGCCUUGGUGGCAUAGCCUCACCUCAGCCUGCAGCCUGUGCUCCCAGUGGAGCCGCCCUGCCCCUUUCUUCCAGCACCACUACACCCAACCGCUCACAGGACUCUAAAACUGCAGCUGUUCGGCACAGAACUCCGCCCACUAUCAAACAGUGGUUGUCCCCAAGCAGCAGAACUUCCGAACAGGCUGGCUCUCCGGCCCAUUGGGUGCUGAGCCAGUCUCCCCAGAGCUCUGCAAGCAGCACGCCCCCCACAGAACGACGGGCCAAACGCAGGCUGGAAACCGGUGACGGCUCUUCUUCGAACUGUGAGGUCACUGAGCAGUGCGACUGCGUUACUGAACUCUCUCCUGCAGCCAAGAGGAGCCGGACCCUCUCUGGUGUUUGCUGCCCAGCUCAGGAGAGCCCAGCACAAACAGACUGCCACACAGAGGACAACAAUGCGGCUUCAUCCAGACAGACCGACAAGGAGAACUGCUCUCCCAGAGGAGUGAACUGGCUGUCAGUGAUGAGCCAGAAGCUGAGGAAAGGUCAAAGAAGCCCUAGAAGUCCCAAAGACCCCAGAAGUCCCAGUGCUGCUAAGAAACAAGAAAGCAAGACACCAGCAUCACCAAAUGUGUGCACCCCUCCAGCCAUGAAGAAAAUCUCCAUGUAUUUCACAAAAAGGCCUUUGGAUUGACCUGGUUGUACCAAACUUGGUGCUUUUCUUUAAGAGGGUUUUAUUCAAGGUGGUUUUUAAGUGGCACCCAAAAACUAUAAGCCUCUUAAGAUCACUGAUUACUGAGAUUAGAAGAGAUCAGUCACUGAACAUUUGAUGGUUUGGAUUUGACAUCCAGGGACUGCUUUCAAUUUUAUUUAAAUAUGUUCUUCUUCAUUUUUACGCCUCCUACAGAAAUUUCUGGUGCUGUGCAGAAUUUCUGGCUGGCGACUAAAGUUGCGAACAUGAGUACUUCUAAAGAUGCUUCAGCAUUAAAUCGAAGACUCCACAUUUAAAAGGCUGAUUAGAUUUUAAAAAGUUGAUCCUCAAGUGCAGAGAAAAGCAUUUGUUCACAGAACAAUUAAAAAAAAAUCUAGUUAUUUGGUUCAUUUUGUUAAACCUUUUUAUGAACCGCACUGUAAGCUGCUCACAGAUCAGCUCUAUAACAUUUGUAAGCCAGCCAUCGAAGUCACGUGUUUUCCGUGUACGAGCUUGCUCCUUCAUAUCGGAGUUGCACACGUGGUUUGCAAUAGAUUUUUUCCUUACUGAGCAAAUUUUUGACUUGUCUAUAUGUACAGAAGAACCAAUGAAUGAUGCUUGAUUUAUUUGUAUUUAAUUGAUAAAUCUAGCUGUAGUCAAAUUUUAUUAAACAGUUUUCUGCC